AUGCCUGCCGAGUUUCUCACUAGCAACCCCCCCCCGCUCUGGAUCACUCUCUACCACAUCGUCACCCGCCUCCCUGACUCUCUGCGCGCAGUCAGGGACCACUUCCUCUCUCGCUCCCCCACUGAGCUCACUGUUGCCCUCCUCGAGAAGGAACUGCUUGCAGCUGAGGCGAGCAUCGUCGCUGUAGGCACCUCUCGUGGCGACCCCCGCACCCCGUUCUUUGAGGGGUGUUCCCCUUCCCCCCUCCUCCCCUCUGUCGCCUCUGCUGCUGCUGUCGACCUUCUUGGUGCUGAGAAGGUCGGGACCGCGUCUGCUUCGAGCGGGCGCCGCAGGAACAAGGGGGGCAGGGGUGGGGGUGGCGGCGGAGGAGGUGGGGGUGGAGGCGGUGGGAGUGGAGGCGCGGCUGGGGAGACUAGUGGCGGCAGUGGGGGAGGAGACAGCAGCGGUGGGAGUGGUGGUGGAGGCGGCAGCGGAGGCGGAGGUGGUCGUGGCAGCGGCAGGGGUGGAGGUGGCCGGGGCGGCGGCGGUGGGGGUGGUGGUCGUGGAGGCACUAGCGGAGGGCAGAGUCAGCAGCCCGCCCCGACGCUUCAGGCCGCCCGUGAGUGGUAUGCGCAGCGUAGCGUUACCUGCACGUACGUCAUUCGCACAGGUGACCGCAGCGGCCAGCAGUGUGGGAGGCCGCACCCCACGCAGCGCUGCUUCGCGCGCCUUAACGACGCGUGGCGCACUCAGUUUCCUGCUGCCACUGAGCUGCCGCGCUGGGCUGAUCUGGAAAAGAGGGGUGUUGAUAUUUGGGCUUUAGACUUUGAUGCUAUUCUCACUGCCAUGUAUGCGAUGUCUAUUAGUGGAGAGGGUGCUCAGUACUUGCGUGUUCCGCCCGACCCGGGCAUUCGGGCCAGUCCGGCUGCAGCCCUAGGUGCUCGUGCGUCCGUGUCCCCUGGUACUGAGUCGACUGCAGCACUGCACACCUUCACACUGGACUCAGGUGCUUCUCGCUCCUUCUUUCGUGACCGCACUGUCCUUGAGCCACUCGCUCGGCCAGUUGCUGUCUCCCUUGCUGACCCCUCUGGGGGUCCGGUCAUUGCGACCUCCUCCACUGUCCUUCCUUGUCCGGCGGUCCCGUCCGGCACGCUGUCAGGUCUCUACCUCCCCUCAUUCUCUACGAACUUGGUGGCAGGUAGUGCGCUCCAGGACGGGGGUGUUCACCAGUUCACCCCCGCCUACGAGCGCGUGACACACUGCACGUGUGCUCGGACGGGUCGCCACCUGGCUACCUUCACUCGGGAGCCGGGGUCGGACCUUUACACACUGACCACUGAGUCCCCUGAGGUAGCUGCGUCCGCGUCUGCGUCUGCGUCAGGUCAGCUGUCCGCCCCCUGCUCGUGUCGCUCUCUGGCGCAUGAGACUGUCCUUUGGCACCACCGCCUUGGUCACCCGUCUGUGCAGCGCCUUCGGGCCAUGCACAAACGGGACCUUGUUGCUGGUCUUCCCAGGGUGCUCCCUCCCCUUCCCGACUCGCCUGCUCCUCCCUGUAUUCCCUGUGUCGAGGGACGGCAGCGCGCCGCUCCUCACUCCUCCUCCUUUCCCCCGACGACUGCUCCCUUGCAGACGCUCCACAUGGACGUGUGGGGCCCAGCCCGCGUCCGUGGUCAGGGUCAGGAGAGAUACUUCCUGAUUGUUGUUGACGACUUCUCGCGCUACACACUGUCUUCCCCUUGCGCGCCAAGGGUGACGUCCCUGAUAGGUGGGGAGUUUUCCUCUGGCCUCUUGGAGGCCUUCUGUCAGCAGGAGGGCAUUGAGCAGUCGUUCACACUUCCGGCCUCUCCACAGCAGAAUGGGGUUGCUGAGCGCCGCAUUGGUCUGGUCAUGGAGGUCGCUCGUACCUCCUUGAGCCAUGCGGCUGCCCCCCAUUUUCUGUGGCCGUUUGCAGUCCGGUACGCUGCGCAUCAACUCAACCUCUGGCCCCGUGUCUCCUUGCCCGAGACUUCUCCGACACUGCGUUGGACGGGAGAGGCUGGCGAUGCGUCGCGUUUUCGGGUCUGGGGAUCCCGAGCUUUUGUCCGCAACACGUCCGCGGACAAGCUCUCCCGUCGCGCUGUCCCCUGCGUCUUCCUUGGCUUUGUCCCGGACGCCCCUGGCUGGCAGUUCUACCACCCCACCUCGCGUCGUGUCCUGGCCUCUCAGGACGUCACUUUUGACGAGUCCGUCCCCUACUACCGUCUCUUCCCCUACCGCACUGCCCCGCUCCCCCCCCCGCCUCUCUUCCUCGCUCCAGACCCGGGUGAGCCUGUCGAGGUAGCUGUUGACUCUCGUCCUGCUAGGGGUGCUGAGCCUGGGGGUACUGCGUCUGGGGGUGCUGAGCCUGGGGGUGCUGCGUCUGGGGGUGCUGAGCCUGGGAGUGCUGAGUCUGGGGGUGCGGAGCCUGGGGGUGCUGAGCCAGGAGGUGCGGAGCCUGGAGGUGCGGAGCCUGGAGGUGCUGAGCCUGGGGGUGCUGAGUCUGGGGGUGCUGAGUCUGGGGGUGCUGAGCCUGCGCGUGCUACACCUGGAGGAGCCCUCUCCUCCCAGCAGCUGCAGGAGAGGUACCUCGAGUACUGCCGCCUCCGGAGAGGUGCUGCUGGAGCUCGUCCCAGUACUUCCCCUCCUACCCAGGAGCUCCCCCCCAUUCAGCAGAUCCGCGAGUGGUACACACGCCGCUGCAGUCUUCGGAGUGGUGCUCCUGGUGCUGCGGACCCUGGGGGUGGCGCUGCUGCUGGUGCUGAGGACCCGGACGUUGGAGCUGCUGCUGGUGCUGCGGACCCGCCUGGUGGAGCUGCUGCUGGUGCUGAGGACUCGGACGUUGGAGCUGCUGCUGGAGCUGAGGACCCGGGCGGUGGCGCUGCUGCUGGUGCUGAGGACCCGGACGGUGGAGCUGCUGCUGGUGCUGAGGACUCGGACGGUGGAGCUGCUGCUGGAGCUGAGGACCCGGGCGGUGGCGCUGCUGCUGCUGCUGAGGACCCGGGCGUUGGAGCUACUACUGGUGCUGAGGACCCGGCCGGUGGAGCUGCUGCUGGUGCUGUGGACCCGGACGCUGGAGCUCCUACUGGUACUGAGGACCCGGCCGCAGGAGUCUCCUUUGCUUCUGGAGACGCUGCGCGGCCGCGACCGUACUUCGUACCGCUCCUUCAGCAGGUUCUUGGGCAGGCUCCUCCUCCUUGUCCUCCUCCCUCCGUAGAGUGUCCCCCGCCUGUCCAGCCGCAGUCACAGUUACCGCCUACCUCGCCUCUCCCUGCUCCCUCUCCUUACACUGGUCCCACAGGAGGUCUUACAGAGCGUCGUGAGCCUGAGUCUCGUCCUACGUCGCCUGUUCGUCCUGCUCGCACUGGUAGUCGUGUCCGUCGUGAGCGUCCUCCUCCUGUCCCAGGCACUCACUACAUGACUCUGCGUCCCUCUACUGCUCCUCGACGUGUCCCUCUACCGUCUCCUCCUGCGUCCUCUUUGCCUGACGUUCCGGACCCUGAGUCUGACCGGUAUCGUGCUGAGCACCCUACUGUCACGCGUCUCCUCGCUACUGUUGUCACUGACCCUACCUUUGAGUCCUCGGCUGCGUCUGCUCUGGUCGCUGAGUUGGUUGACUUUGCUGCUGCCUGUCGUCUAGACUACGCUGCUAGCCUUGUUGCUGAGUCUGAGUCUGAGUCUGUCUGUCCUCCGUCCGUCGGGGGUGAGUGUGCUCUUGGCACGGACGUCCUUGAGGACAGACAGGAGGAGUUCCAGUGUCUUACUGCUGCUUUGCCCCGUCUCGUGUCCUUGCUAGUUGCCCCUGAGGGAGACCCGGAUGCACCAGACAUCCCGACCCCGCGCACUUACGCUGAGGCGAUGGCGGGUCCCUACUCCUCUCAGUGGCAGACAGCCAUGGACGCCGAGAUGGCUUCCUGGAAGUCCACACGCACCUACGUCGACGAGGUUCCCCCACCUGGGGCGAACAUCGUCAGUGGCAUGUGGAUUUUCAGGGUGAAGCGGCCGCCGGGUUCUCCGCCUGUCUUCAAGGCGCGUUACGUGGCUCGAGGCUUCAGUCAGCGAGAGGGAGUUGACUUCUUCCAGACCUUCUCCCCCACCCCGAAGAUGACUACUCUUCGGGUGCUGCUGCACAUAGCCGCUCACCGCGACUACGAGCUUCACUCACUUGACUUCAGCACUGCUUUCUUGCAGGGCAGCCUGCACGAGGAGAUCUGGCUGCGCCGCCCACCUGGCUUCACUGGGUCGUUUCCUCCUGGUACCCAGUGGAGGCUUCAGCAGCCGGUCUACGGUCUCCGCCAGGCUCCGCGUGAGUGGCACGACACACUGAGGACUACACUUGCGGCUCUUGGGUUCGCGCCUUCUACAGCUGACCCGUCGCUGUUCCUGCGCACCGACACUUCGCUGCCGCCAUUCUACAUCCUCGUGUACGUCGACGACUUGGUCUUUGCCACUGCUGACACUGCCGGACUCGCCUACGUGAAGUCGGAGCUGCAGAGGAGACACACGUGCACAGACCUGGGUGAGCUGACAAGCUAUCUUGGCUUGCGGAUCACCCGGGACAGAGCACGGCGCACCAUCACCCUGACUCAGUCACACAUGGUGCAGCAGGUUCUCCAGCGCUUCCGCUUCACGUACUCCUCGCCUCAGUCCACUCCUCUGCCUACCGGUCACUCGCUCUCAGCUCUGCCUUCGGAUGAGUCCGUAGAGCCGAGUGGCCCGUAUCCAGAGCUUGUGGGCUGCCUCAUGUACCUGAUGACCUGCACUCGACCUGACCUUGCAUACCCUCUUAGCAUCCUUGCACGCUAUGUCGCUCCUGGCCGUCACAGGAAGGAGCACAUGGAUGCCGCUAAGAGGGUGUUGCGCUACUUGUGCAGUACGUCGGGCAUGGGGCUUGUGCUUGGAGGGCGAGACCGAGUUGUUCUCACAGGGCACUCAGACGCUUCUUGGGCAGACGACCAGGCCACUCAGCGGUCGUCUCAGGGUUACACCUUCAGCCUUGGCUCUGGCUCAGUUUCUUGGCGCUCUACACGCUCUUCUUCUGUUCUCGGCUCCAGUUGCGAGGCUGAGAUCUACGCUACAGCCAUGGCUGCCCAGGAGCUACGCUGGCUGACCUACCUGCUGACCGACCUCGGAGAGCGGCCUCGUUCUCCUCCAGUACUGUACGUCGACAACAAGGCUGCCAUUGCCUUGUGUGAGGAGCACAGACUGGAGCACAGAACGAAGCACAUCGCCCUGCGGUACUUCCUUGCUCGUGAGCUGCAGCAGCGCGGUCAGCUUUGUAUUCGCUACGUGGCCACUGAGGCCAACACUGCUGAUGUGUUCACCAAGGCGCUUCAGCCUCGUGACCAUCAGCGCUUCUGCACUCUACUAGGCCUUGUGCCUACUGGACCUCACUUACUUACCUCUUGA